UUCUGCCUGGAGGGAAAAGGAGACCCGCAUGGCGUCCCGUCGUGUCCCUGAGCCUGACGAGCGUCAGUGCCAGGAUUUGGUGAAUAGAGCGAAAAACAAUGGAACUCAUGUGAGCGUAGCCGAGGUCAAGGAGAUGUGGCAGGUAUGCACUCCCGCCCACCAGAAGGCUGGGAGGGAGAGAGGCUGGUAGGGUGGUGUGGUUGUCAUGUCAUGUUGAUGUGGCUUUUUGCGUGUCAGGCGUACAACAUCCUCGACGAAAGCGGCGACGGGUGAGUGAGAGAGGGGCCAAGGGUGGGCGGGCGGGCGGAUGGAUGGAGUCAUUCAUUCUCUCAUGGACAGAGGGAAGACCUAAGGCCAUGCAAGCAUGAAAGAAGGCUGAAUGUAUGUGUGUGGGUGUCUGUGUGGAUGUGACGUACGUGUUGUGUGCAGGCAGGUGAACCUUCGUGAGUUGCGGGCGGCCAUCGUAUCGCUUGGGCUGAGUGUUGAUAGCGCCGCACUCACCAAGAUCAUGCAGGUACGCACCGCACGCCAGAGAGGGGCGGGAGGACGGGCAGAGGACCAGAGGGCACGCGACACGCAUACAUCCACCCUGUGCUGCCUGCGUGUUGUGUUGAUGCUCGCAUGCAUGCAUGCAUCGGGUGGUGCAGGGUGUGGGCGGCGAUGACGCGCAGCUGAGUUUCAACGAGUUCUUCGAUAAGGUGUGUUUGCCCUUUGACUAUCACGAGCAACACAACAUCGGGUCCUUCUUUCUUUGUUUAGAUGACGGCCACGGCCAAGGAGCACGAGAAACUCGAGGAGAUCAUGAAGGCAAGAACGAAUCAAUGACCACACACCACACCGCACAGGCACUCACACAGACACACACACACACACUUGAUGGAUAGAUGGAUGGAUACCUCUGUAGGUGAGGCGUGCACUCCACGUGUGUGGGUGUGUGUGUAUGUGCGGUCAGAUCUUCAUGUUGUUCGACGAGGACCGCACGGGCACCAUCAGCGUUGCCAACAUUGAGAAGGUCGCCCUCCAACUGGGAGAGAAACUCGACAAGAGCCAACUAGAGGUGGGUGGGGGCCGGUAUGUAUGAGUGUAUGUAUGUGUUGAUGUUAUGCCCCACUGAUGGAUGCCCCACUUGCUGUCCGUGUGUGUGCUGUGUCGUGUUGUAUUGUAUAGGACAUGGUGAAGCUGAUUGACAGUGACGGCGACGGAGAGAUCAGCCCCGAGGACUUCUAUCUCGUGCUCACUAGGGGUCAGCGGCCACACACACACACACAGACACAUCACACCUGAAUCCAUCCAUCCAUCCAUCAAGGCAUCCAUCAAGGCAUCCAUCCAUCCAUCCAGAGAGAGAGAAACUUUCAUCCAGAUCCAUGGCUGGCUGGCUGUGUGUUUGGUUUGAAUGCCUGCAGGCGCGGAGGCCAAACGCAGGAAACAGCAGCAGCAGCGCCAGGGAUAGAUAGAUAGAUCAAUGGAUAGAUGUACGGCCAAGCUGGGUAGGUGUCUGUGUGGGGUGUGUGUCGGGCGGGAGCAUGGGGGCUGGCUCUGGGAUUUGGCGGAUACAUGAGCAAACCUUCUUGUGUUCACCGACAACGGGGCGAGGGGAUACAGCUAUAUAUAUGUCUGUCUCUCGUCUCCCUCCCUCUCCCUCUCUCUCGGCUGUGUGCAUAUGCGUGUCCGCUUGUAUGCAUAUACAUAUUCUCAUCUGCUGCUUGAUUGACUUGGAUUGCGCAUCACAGUCAAAUCAAAAAAGGAGGCGUUCGUAUACAUAA